AUGGAAUAAAUGAACGAUCAUUAAUAUUUUAUAUAAGAAGCUAUAAAAGAAGCUGAGUUGGCUGUAAUUACUGGAGAUGGAGAACCUUUCGGAUGCGUUAUAGUUAGAGAUGGAAAAAUAAUUGUAAGAGCUCAUAAUAGGUUAUACAUCGAUUAUGAUCCUACUGCCCAUGCUGAAACAGUGGCUAUAAGAUUAGCUUGCAAAUAAGAAAAAUCCCUAAUACUAAAGGAUUGCAUUAUAUAUGCUAGUGCAUAACCUUGUCCUAUGUGUUCUACUGCUAUUUCAGCCUGUGGAGCUAAAGAAGUUUACUAUUGCGUUCCUGGAACAUAAAUAUAAGAAGCUUUUAGUUAAAUUACUAACUUUGAGGAACUUGGCCUUCAUCCUAAGUAAUUUUUAAGGAGAGAAUAUCCCUGCACUCAUAUACAUAAUGAUGAGGGUUUAAAAGUAAUUAACUCUUACUUUACUUCUAAGAAACCUAAAUGA